UGAUUUCAGGAUUUAUGCGAGUUCGGCGAGUUCGGGUCUUUGAGGUAAAGGAAUCUUUCUUGCAAUUUGUUUAUUAAAUUGCAAACCAUGCUUGGUGGCUCUAUCCAAAUCUCGGGUGAAGAACUGGCUACUCUUGAAGUUCGUGAUAUUUGUGAAUCACUGAAGACGAAUUCUAUCAAACUGCUAUCACUCAGAGGAUGUAAGCUCGAAGACAAAGAUUUUCGGAAACUGAUGAAAGCAGUUGGACAAUGUGGAUCCUUGUUACAAUUAAAUUUGAAUCUUGGGGUUGCGAAUGAUCAAUCACGAGUGACUCUUCUUGCUGAUGCCUUGAAUCAGAACAGAAGCUUGGAGUCACUAUUUUUACAUGGUACUCAACUUGGAGAUGUUGGUUUGGGAUUGCUAAUCAAAUCACUGGCUCAUCAUCCUUCGUUAUCUUGUUUGGAUGUCGGAGAUUGUCUCAUCACUGAUACUGGAAUCCGAUUACUUGUUACAUUACUUCCUCCAGAUGGCGCAAAAGCAGGAUUGUCAGAACUUACUUUGAGUGCCAACACAGCCAUUACACAAGCGGGUUGGUCAUUACUUUUCUGUGCCAUAUCAGCCAGUUCAAGAUUGAAAGUUUUGAACAUAGAUUACAAUAAUAUAGGAGAUUAUGAGGCAGGAUUGUUUGCUGUCUCUCUUGCGAGUAGUAGAUCGUUGCAUACUGUAGACAUAGAAGGAUGUGGAAUAACGGACAAAGGUGCAAUGGUGAUCCUUGAAAUGCUUGAAAACUAUCCCACACCUUUACGGGACUUGGUUUUAGCUGGAAAUGAUAUUAAUGAUGCAAUACUCGAUGAUAUAGAAAAUUGCUUGAGAAUGGAUGAAGACCCAUAUUCUAAAGAUAAAGAAGAAUGGUCACCACAAUCAGCAAGACCGAUAUUGAACAGGACAAAAUCACCAAAAACUCAACAACAGUCUGCUCCUGCAAUGUUUUGAAUCUUUAAAUUCAAAAAAAUGAAAUGUUGAGGUUUACUGGAAUUUGAAUCAUUUUUUUCGUCAUUUCAUUUGUGUAGUAAGUAAAUUAGUAAUUGCACACUUUUUAUAAAUAUAUUCAGAUUCAUGGGAUGAAUUCAAAUUCACAUAUUAAUUAAGUCGUCUAAUCAAACAGGCAUUGAAUUCAUGUACACUAUUUUAAGGAUGAUUUUCACCAAAUACAUACAUUUUAGUAAUUACUACUUUUUCACUUGUUUAUUGUACUAGAAUGCUUUGUCACUAGUUUUAUCAUUAUGAAAAUUAUUUCACAUCAAUUGCUUAUUCAUAAAGAUCGUGAUAUAUAUCAUGUUCUACAUUUAUUCACUGCAUAUCGGAUCAAUGAUAUUUUAAUAUUUUGUAAUAAAUUGUGUUUGUUGAAUAUAAUUUUGAUAUAUUUUUUCAAUGAGUGGCAAAAUUGUUUUACUAUUUUAUAACACUGCUGACCAUAUUUAUAUUUGGUGGAUAUUUUGCAAUAGUUUCUGUGAUAUUAUACUACCUACUGUUUAAUAUUAAGGUUUUCUACCAUAAAUCGAGAAAAUGUUCAGCCAAAGGCGUGUUAAUUUGUCUUAAAAAUAUAUUUGCAUCUGCAUCUGCAUUUUUUACUUGUUCAAUAGUAGUUUGUACAGUUGGAUCAAGUAUAUGAGCUGUUUUAAAUUAGUUUUCAUUAUUUGCGGAAUUCUCAAAUUUAGGAAAUCUUAAUCUAAGCAUGGUUUUUUGCAUAAUUAAACGAUUUAGAACUUUGGAAAUGAAUUGUAAGUUGAAUCCAAGAUCAGAAAAUCUUUAUCUCUAUGAUAGGCAGAGAUCUGCCUAUGUUUUCUGAUCUUGGAUUCAACUUGCAAUUCAUUACCAAAGUUCUAAUCGUUUAAUCUUCAAAUUUCAGAUUUCCAUGAUUCUAUUUACUGCAUGGAAUACACCUUUUAAUAUCAGGUAAUAAUUUUAAUCUGCAUUUUUAAAACCCUAAUUUAGCAAUUUAGUUAUCAUGAUUCAUGAGAUUCAUUUUUUUUUAUCUAGUAAUCCCCUGCACUAUAGAUUAUAGAAUCAUUUCAUUUGUAGAUUUUAUUCGCUUAUUGCACAAGUUCUUUUUCUCUUCUUCUAGUUUAUCAUGUUGCUACUGUCUGUCAUUGUGAUUUCUUAUUCGAAAAAU